CAUCAAAUGUCAGUUGGUGCGAAACAGUGAUGUGGCUUUCGUGAAAGUGGUUGUCAAAGUGCGAUGCCAAAAUGACCAGUUUAAAGUUAAUUUAUUUUGCCCUUUUCAUCGUCCAAAAUGCAUACGAAACGCACACGGCCGUCUCGGAUAAACGCCUCUGCGCUAACCCCGACUGUUCAGAGAUUAUAGCGACGGCUAAAUCGAUUUUGAACUAUUCCGCAAUGGAGAAGGGUAUGCUCUCGUUUCCGAGGAACGCGGAUCUGCAGAUCUACAGCAAAUCUGCAGGUAAGAACAUGGGAGUGUGGGGCGCCAGCUACAAUGGUAAACGGGGUUACGUACCGGUGGGCCACCUCAGGGAGCAGCGCACCAUUGUAAAGAAUCCGCAUUUCCUGGUGGACACCGAGUUCGCGGAUCCGCAAGAAGUGCCUUCCCUUCAAAAUGUGAUUUUCGACCCCGAAGAGCUGAAGCCGUCCACGGUCGUCGACGACCAGAAUAUUGUCAUCGACGGAACAACGAUUCCCGUCAAUCCAAGCGCAACUCAGAUGCCUAUGCCUGUCACCAAUGUGCCUUCAAGUUUUUAUGAUUCUGCGCCGGAAUCCAGUAAAGUACUCCAGACGGAUAUUCCGGUGAUGUACGCCGCGACAGAGGCACCCGAAUCUCUGGAAGCAGCGAGCAACGAGAUACCAAAGGAACAAGAACAGCAAGAGCAAAUUGAAAAAUCGGAUGAAGAGAAGAAGUCGGAGGCAGAAGUUGAAACCGUCAAAGAGGAAGACAAAUUCCUGGAAGAUUUUCGGGUGGAAGAGAAACCGUUGGAAGAUUCCAAGAUUGAAGAGAAACCAGUCGAAGAUUUUAAGAUGGAAGAGAAACCAUUGGAAGACAUCAAGAUUGAAGAGGAACCAGUCGAAGAUAUUAAGAUUGAAGAGAAACCAUUGGAAGACUUCAAGAUUGAAGAGAAACCAGUCGAAGACUUCAAGAUUGAAGAGAAACCAGUCGAAGAUUUUAAGAUUGAAGAGAAACCGGCUGAAGACUUCUUGCUGGAAGAGAAACCGACGGUAGAAAUCAAACCUGAUGAAGUUGAAGUGAAACCUGAAGAUUUUGAUUUUAAAUAUAUCACCGAUAAGCCUUUAGAUAAUUUGGAAGAUUCGAAAGUCGAGUACAUCACCGAAAAACCAGUGGAAGAAAUUAAAUUUGAAAACGCUCUUAACACUGAUGACACUUUUAAUGGAACUCUAACUGAUGAUAACGAAGAUAAGUUAUCCGAGGAUGACGGUAAAUUGACGAUGCCUGAAGCUAUUGCUGAGCAAGUCAACUUACCCGAAGAGAACAAUGUUAAGGAUAUGUCAGCAGAAAACGUAGAUUUUAAGGAAGAUGUCUUACUCGAAAAGCCUGCAGGUGAUUAUUUUAAGAUGAACUUACCAGUGGAAGAAGAUGUUAAGGUUGAAGGCGAAGUGGAUGAAGUAUUGACUGAAAACGUACUUGCUUUAUCUGAUGACUUAAAAGUGAAUCUUGUGGCAGAAGAUGAUGUUACAGCGUCGUUAGAGGAAAAGUUACCUGCAUCGGAAGAUGUUGCGGUGGAAGAGGAUGCUCCGUCUUUAACAAUGAACAUGCUGAACUCUGGAUGGAAUUAUUUGAAGGAAGCGAGUUCCAAUUACGGUGAAGUCAAGGAUUCCGAUGUAGUUGAAAAUGUUGAUUCUAAAGAAAGUGAAUUGCCGAAAAUAGAAGAACCGGAUGAUAACAAUAACAGUUACGAAGCUGCGCAGAUUGAAGAUAAUUCCUGGUUUUUCAGCUCUCCUAAACCUGAGGAGAUCAAACCUAUUGUGGAUGAAGUUAAACAAGAGGAAAUCAAAACUGCUGAAGAUUAUCAGCAGGAGGAAAUUGUUGAUAAACCUAUAAUGGAAUUGGAUCCAAUUGAAGAAGAGGAAACCAGCGAGGAAUUAUUGGAAAGGGAGGAAAGCGAAAACAUUAACAGUGUUGAAGAGAUUGCAGAAUCUACGAAUGUGAAAUCUCCUGUAAAUGAGGAGAGUGUUGAAGAGGAGGUGCAGGGAUCCUGCAACGCCAAUCCAUUGCUUACGCAUUGCAACGUGGACGAGAAACCCGCUAAAGAGGAAUCCAGUUUCUUCGAUUGGGCUCGCAUCGGCGAUCUGAUCAUCACCAUCACCGUGUCCGGAUUGAUAACUGUUAUCUUCCUCUGGGGUUACAUGGUUAUAACCAAUAUGAACAAGGAAGCGCCGCUCGUCGCGAAGGUUAACAACUUGGAGAAGGCGUUGCAGGUGACCAAAGCAGAGAACCAACUGCUCACCGAUAAAGUGGCCGAUGGCAUCAGCAGCGAAAACCAGGAGCAGCUGAACGCUAGCUACAACGCUGUAAUAACGGAACUCGAAGGAAAACUAGAGGAAAUCUGUGCCAACAAGAAUUCGUUGGAGGAGCAGGUGGCAUGUCUGGAGAAGGAAUUGGAGAACUCGACGGAAUUGGGAUUAGAGCUUAACAAGAUGAUCACCGAGGUGUUGGGAUCACAGAACAAGAGCGAAACGCUGUUGGACAACAUCGAGCAGUUGCAGAAGCAACUGGUGGAGCAACAGAUGACCAUCAACACGAUAAACGCAAAUUUGAACGAGAAGGACACCGAGAAUCACGAGCUUCAGCUGGAGCUGGAGAUCAACAACAAGAAGGUGAUGGAUCUGCAGGCGGAGCUGGAUAAAAUGGUAUUGAAUUUGCUGAAGAUCGAGGAAGAAAAGGAACAGAGCCAAAGCAAGUACGAGGCGGAGAUCGUUGAAUUGAAGGAAAUUGGCGAUAAGCUCAGGGAGAGUCACACCGCGAAGACCGGUUACCUGAAUGCAGAAAUAGCGAAGCUUCAGAAGAGCUUGGAAGAGACCAGGCGCAAUCUGGAGCUGAAGACUAGCGAAUUCGAUCUGUUAAAGAAGUCGCUCAAGUCCGGCGACGAUUCCAAAUCGACGCUCGAUUUGAACGCUUUAAAGGCGGAGAUGAAACAGUUACAGAAAGAGAAGCAGCUUUUGAGCGAGCAUCUGCAGAGGAAUCAGGAGGCAAUCAGCAGCUACGAGAAACAAAUGGAUAACUCGAUGAAGGAGAGGCAAUGCUACAAGGAGAAGUACGAGGAAGCGGAUAAAGAGAAACUGGAGGCUCUCACCAAACUGGAAGUUCUGGGCAACUACUUCAAGGAAAAGGAAGCGGAAAUGCAAAAGGAAUUGAACAAACACGAGUCGAGAUGGUCAGAGAAGCAGGGCGAGGCCGUAUCAACGAGCGAACGAAUUAAAUUUAUGCAGGAGGAAUUGCAAAAUUACAAAGCGCAGAAUGGUACUUUGCAGCAAGAAAUCGUGUCACAGGAGGUAGACUUGAAGAGCCAGAUUUCGGUGUUGGAGAAGAAGGCGCACGAGAGCUGGGUUUCUGCACGUCAAGCGGAAAGGAAGCUGGAGGAGGCCAAGCAGGAAGCGGCGCAACUGAGGAAUAGGCUAACGUUGCGUGAACGGAAUUUGAACAAUGAGGACAAAUCGCAAAACCGUUUAGGUCCGUUGGAAAUGAAUGGAGAUCACACAUUGUCGCCGAUUCACAUGGAGGCUCCUGCUUCGCCGCCGCUGCUCUUCGGUGGAAGGGAUCUGACCACGUCGCCUCCUCUACCCGGGAUGCCCCAUUUCCUGCCACCCCCACCCGGUGUACCAUUUCCACCAAUGCCAGGCGUUCCUCCUUUCAUGCCACCUCCUCCAAACAUGUUCCCUGGCGACCAUCGCCCACCUCCUCUAGGCAGAAUGUCUUCUCCACCAAUCAAUAGCCGAUAUUCCCCGGAUUCCAGAGCCUACUCUCCUUACGAUAGGCACACCCCAUCACCACCAGACAGCUACUACAGUCCGCCACAUCGGAGCUACAGCCCUUACAACGGCAGAGACGAAAGGGAUAGACGAGACUACAAGAAAACUGGCAAUAGGAAUAGCUUUAGAAACCACAAAGGUGGAAUAAGUUCAGGAAACUCGGCCAACUCCAACGAGUCCUUAGAAAACAUCAAUAGAAACCAUUCAAAAGUUUAGCGUCACGUCUCGUGCUGCCUCCACUACAACAGAUCCAUAACAAUUCCCGGAUAAUAUAUUUCAGAGAGAAAUGAAAACGACGAUGAUACAAAUAUAGAUAAAGAAAGUAAUCAAAUCCUAGUCAAAUGUAUUUGCGAAUAUAUUUGCGAACAAGAAAAAUGCGAAAAACCUCAAGAAGCUCUUAUUUGCAAAGAAGAAUGGGCCUGAAAUAAAAAACAAAAGAAAAGAAUAUAAGGGAGCGACGCGACCUCCCUUUCAUUUUAUUUUUAUAUAUAAAGAAAAUGGAAAUAAUCAGAAGCAAGCGAAAAAAAAUAAUUAUAAUGAUUUUAAAUGCAUUUUUUUUUGUUUUUUGUUGUUCUCGUUCCGUUAUCUUCCUUGUUUUAAGAGUAUUCCGUUGUGUAAAUAGUAGAUAUUUAGAUUUACCAAUUCUCUUAUAAUUUGUCUUCUUUAUUAUUUUUUU